AUGGCUAUUGUAAGAGAUGGUGGUAGAGUAUAUGAUUCGACAGAAAUAGCAGUUGAAGAAAUAGGAGAAGCUCUAAACGAAACUAAUCCUCUCACAGAACCAUCACUUCCCACAGAACUAUCACAAGCAACAGAAGAACGAGAAGCAGAAGGUGAUGGGGAAGAAGAAAUCUCAGAUGCUCAGGAUACAAAUGAUGAUGAUGAAGAUCAACCGCUGCAGCCAGAGGAUAUGUUCUUCUAUCCACCUGAAUAUACCAAGAGUUUUAAAUUAGGCACAAGGUGUUCUGUGACGCAGACGGUGAAUUACAUUAAUCAGUUUGAGCCAGAACGAAAAUGGUUUAGAGAGCAUUCUCAGUUUAAGCACAUAUUCCAUAUGACUCAGGAGCCAAAUCACAUGAUUCAAGGCAUGUGGAUUUUUUUUCUUCGCACAGCUUGUACGGAGAUGCAGAGAGAAUGCUGGUUUGUGGUAAACGGAGUCCCUGUUAGGUAUUCGUUGAGAGAACAUGCGCUUUUAACUGGAUUGGACUGCCAUGAUUACCCCAAUUUUUAUUAUAAGGAGAAAAAGUUGUGGUCUUACAAGUGUGUUCAGAGGGUGUUUGGAAGAAAUGAUAAAAUCAAAAUCAGUGAUGUGGAAGCAAAACUAGAGGAAAUGCAGAAUAACAGUACAGACCGGAGAAAGUUGACUAUCUUGUACUUCUUAAGCAAGAUGGUGGUAGCGAAGUCAAAGGCCGAUGGAAACAUAGAUCCGUUUAUUCUGAGUGUUAUUGAUGAUUUGGAUGCUUGUGAGAAGUUUCCAUGGGGACAUUCAUUCAAUAAAUGUAUGAAUGGGGUCCGGUCGGCGAUGACGAACUUAAAGGGAUCCGUAAAGGGAUCCGUGAAACCAAAUGCUCAGAUCACUUUUUCCGGGUUCAUCAUUCCUUUGGAGAUUCUGGCAUUUGAGUGUAUUCCACAUCUUCAAUGCAAAUUCAGAGUAGUUGUACCCGCAGAAAAAGACUGUCCACGCAUGUGCAAGUACAAGUUCUCUGAAAGUUUAAUGCGAGGAUUUUCAUUGGAUGAAAUAAAUGCAGCACUUGGAAGUAUUAAAGUUAGAGUUUGGUAUCUUGGAACCUCGAUUAAUAUAACUAGCAUCUUGAAACCGGAUGAGGAAGAGAAAACUCUUUUGAGGCGCAUAAUAGACGAUAAUUAUGCUGAUGAAGGGAUAGGUUUUAUAGAUCCCAUUGUUGAUAGUUGGAGAGAGCAUCUUAUCGUGAAGAAGAAGAAAAUAUUGUGGAAGGGUGUUUACCAAACAGACUUAGAGCACAUAAAUGUUCAAAUCCCCUAUGAAGUCAAUGAGAAGGUUGAUGAAUUCGGAGGUGAUGAACUCCCUGAACCUGCAUUGUCGCUGUUACAGUUAAAGGAGACUAUGGAGAAAGGGUUUAGUUUGCUAAACAAAAAAAUUGGUGAUGUAGAGGAAAAAAUCAAGGGUUUAGAUGUGCGAGUGGUUGAUCUUGAAAGAUGUGUGGCGCAUGAGAGUGGAAAAGGAGUGAAAGAAACAUACACGCCUCAGCCCAUAGAUGAUAUGAAUUUGUGA